AUGUAUCUAUCUUUCAGUCUAAAUUUCUCAUCAGCUCCAUAUAUCUAUCUAGCCAUCACUAUCCAUUCAUUUCCACUUGAAUCGAUCUUGUGUCUGCGCCAAGCCUCAAGUCAAUUGCCAAUGAAUCCUCAUUUUAGACCCAAUUGCACGCAUCGAGCACUCUGCUUUCUCCACUUGAUCGCCGCCUGCACGUCGGCUGCCUCCAUUGCACACUUGAGCCGAGAUGUACCAAAGUGGACAUGUUUUCGGCCAGCGCCUGCUGCUGGCCAGAAGCAGUCACCCGAUACGGCUCCGCAAUCCAAUGCCAAAGUGGUCUGA